AUGGAAAGUGAAGAAGGUCCAUCGGCCCCCUCAACACCAGUAACCCCAGGCACCCCCGGGGCUCCUCUCUUUGGAGCAGCGUUCAGACAUCACGAAAAGAAUAAAAACGGCAGAAAAUUGUCCCUUCUCAAGAGCUGCAGAUGCUUUUCGGGCCUGGAAGCUGCCGGCUGGAACCUCGAAGAGGGGGUCUUGGCCCCCGUCAGCUGCGCGUUGCCUCCACCCCCCGUCUCCCUCGCGAGGAAGGUUGGAGCAGAACUAAUAGGCACCUUGAUACUGGUGUUUGCUGGGACAGCCACAGCCAUUGUGAACCAAAAGACAAACGGCUCGGAGACCCUAAUUGGGCUGGCGGCAUCGACUGGCCUGGCCGUGAUGAUAGUCAUACUCUCCACGGGACACAUAUCCGGGGCCCACCUCAAUCCAGCUGUCACCAUUGCAUUUGCUGCUCUCAAGCAUUUCCCAUGGAAGCAUGUUCCUGUGUACAUAGGUGCACAAGUGAUGGCAUCAAUAUGUGCCUCAUUUAUGCUCAAGGCCAUUUUCCACCCUGUAAUGGGUGGGGGAGUGACUGUGCCUCAAGGUGGAUAUGCUCAGGCUUUUGCUCUCGAGUUUAUAAUAACUUUCAACCUCAUGUUUGUUGUAACUGCAGUUGCCACUGAUAAUAGAGCUGUGGGAGAGCUUGCUGGAAUUGCCGUUGGAGCCACAGUCAUGCUCAAUAUACUGAUAGCCGGGCCAACAACAGGGGCAUCAAUGAAUCCAGUAAGAACACUGGGCCCAGCAAUUGCGGCUAACAACUACAAGGCCAUUUGGGUGUACCUCACAGCACCCAUUCUAGGUGCUCUUGCUGGUGCAGGUGUUUACUCAGCUGUCAAAUUGCCUGAUGAUGACCACAACGGGCACGAGAAGCCUUUAGCAGAACAUAGCUUCAGAAGGUGA